AUGGGUGGGCGUAUCGAUUGCUAUCUGGACAUUGUGUCCUUCUACAGCUAUACUGGCUUCAUCGAGCUACGACGGAGCAUGAGCGAACUGGCUGCUCAUAAUGUCCAAGUCAAUUUCAUCCCCGUCUUCUUGGGCGGCAUCAUGAGCGAAUCAGGAAACAAACCCCCUUGGGUCCUCCCUGCAAAGUCGAGAUAUCUGACCAAAGAUUCUCGUCGCUCUGCAGAACGCCUUGCGGCUUCUUAUCAAGGCUCACCACCUGACCUCCUCGCCAUCGCAAAGACCAUCUCGCCUCUCCGUGCUCUGCACUACAUCAAGGAAAACUAUCCAGAGGCCACUUUUCUCGCAGCUGUGCGGUUUCUUUUCCACAAGAUCUGGCUACCUCCUCAUGUCAACCUCGCCGAGGACGCGAAUCUUAUUGCAGCACUCAAGGAAGCGACCGAUGAGCUCGACGGGGGCAGUGACAGCAAGUUGUUCUCCGAUGAGGAUAUUGAAAAGAUCAUGAAGGGCCGUGAGAGUAUGAAAGAGAGAGUGAAGGAGGUGACUGGCUUUGCGCUCAAGAAAGGUGCUUUCGGAGCGCCUUGGUUGAUUGUGACGAAUGCAGAUGGCAAGUCGGAGGCUUUUUUUGGAAGUGACAGGUUCAACCAUAUUUAUAGGUUCUUGGGAGUUCCUUUCCAGGACGUCCAGAUCUUGCCUCCUUCAAAGUUGUAA